ACAGAAGGCGUCGGGGUCAAUGGAAUGGCGGCGGCCGGGGCUCUGGCUCCGGCGCUGCGGUGCUCGUUAGGGCGGCACCGAGCGCUGAGCCGCGCUGCAGGUCGCCGCGGGAGAUGGCCUUUCCUCGCCGAGGGGGCGUCCCUGAGGCCCUGCAGCACGCGGGCGGCACUGGACGGCAUCAACAAAGCCGUCGUAGAUCGCAUCAUCCGCGUGGACCACGCCGGGGAGUACGGCGCCAAUCGCAUCUAUGCCGGGCAGAUGGCCGUGCUGGGCAGGUCGGCCGCGGGGCCGCUCAUCCAGCAAAUGUGGAAUCAAGAAAAAGACCACCUGAGAAAGUUUAAUGAGUUAAUGAUUGCAUACAGAGUCCGACCUACUGUCUUGUUGCCUUUUUGGAAUGUAGCAGGCUUUAUUUUAGGGGCUGGAAGUUCUCUACUUGGAAAGAAGGGUGCAAUGGCUUGCACAGUGGCGGUGGAAGAGAGCAUAUCAGACCACUAUAACAACCAGAUCCGAACUCUAAUGGAAGAAGAUCCAGAAAAGUACAAAGAACUGAUGCAGAUAAUAAAGCAAUGUCGGGAUGAUGAACUGGAGCACCAUGACAUUGGGCUUGAGCACGAUGCAGAGAGAGCAGCAGAUCAGAACCGUAGCACGUGUGCAGCACAAACCAUGGUGAGAGGACAAUGGAGGCAAAUGGUGUCCAAGAAACCCAUCGGUUAAAAACUAUUUGUUCAAGUUUUUUAUUCUCAGGUCACCGUGGAUGUCCUUUGUUUCUGUUACUGUGAUGAUCACCAACUUGCUGCAAUGUCUGCUCUGCAGUGCAUCUGUCAUCAUGAGGCUGUGACACUAUAAAGAUGCCCAGCUGCUUCGCUUGAACACUUUUAAUGUGAUCUUUGUUGUUCCAUGGUUUCUCCGAACAUUUAUGUCCUCCUUUAAUGAUGAAUAUGUCCAUUCAGAAGGGACCCCAGAGGUGCUGCAGACCUCUGUGCUAGGAAAUGCAAUGCUUUCAUGGGCAUGAGCUUGGUGCUAGUGAGAAGCCACCCGCUGAGGCCUCAUGUUGGUGAGACUGGUGUUGAAGACAUCUCAGUAAGCUACUUGCUCCUCUGGAAGGUAUCCUGGGGUCCUACCUGCAAAAUCUCAUGUAAAAGCCCCUAGGAAGGGACUGACUCAUGCCAACAGCAGGACCUCACCCACAUCCCUUUUCCAUCCCGCUGGGAUGGGAAAACUGGCUGCUGAACGCACCAUUUGCAGGGAGCAAGAGAGCAGAAGAUGGAGCAUAUUCCUAGAAGUAAAGCAGGAAAUGAGCCACAGCUGUGAACCAGCUGACUGUAAAGGCCAUUCAUGUUCCAUCUUGGUCUCAGGGAUGCAGCCUGUGCAGUGCCUGCAGUUUCAGUGGCUCAGCUUCACAUUUGCACCUGGGUGAGAUGAGCAGGAUAGCUUGCAUUUUGCAGCUCCAGGGAGAAAAGAUGAUACUUUCUGUAUGGUAAGUGGAAAAAAAUAGAUUUAAAUUAAAUUAGAUAGAAUGUGAAAGAUGAUCCUACCUCUGUUCAAGUGGUUGGUACUGUACUAAUAAGGAAACCUAUGACACCAGAUGUAAAAAUAGCUGUUACUUAAUGAGCUGAUCUGACUGGCCUCAAACAAAACCAUGGAUAUGCUGGAUAUAUUGCUAAUAUGGUAAUUGUGUUGCUUUUUAUCGAUCUGGGAACAUUUUAUCUUAGUUAAAGGGCACAGCCUGAGAAAUUGGUGUGGAGGGAUGCUGGGGAGAGACCAGCUUUGGCUUUGCAGGCAGGGUUUGGGGCUCUAACACUGCAAUACCUUUAUAAAUAACUACACGUGCAGACAUCUCCUGUGCCAGGCGCUGUGCUGCUUGACAGGAUGAGGCAAGGGGCUCAGACCAGGCUUCCUCAGGCUACCUCCAUGUCCCAGCCUUACAGAACGCGUGUUGCUGGGGCAGAACAUCUGUCUUUUCUGUCCUACUUGCAGUGUGACUCCCUUGCACUAUUUGCAAAACAGAAGUGGGUUUGUUUGUUUGUUUGGCAGCGGUCAAGGUGACCAGGAUCACUGAGGAGCUGUUUUUGCUCUCUAACGCCAGGCUUUCUGCCAGGGUAAAUUCAUAAAUGCUAGUGGAAGGGGUUUAUGCAUGCAGCAGUGAAAGCGAGAGGAAUUUCAACCUGCUUUAUGAGAAGUUGUGGUUUUGAAUGUGGAAAAGAACAGAUGAUGCUCUGAGUAUCUGACAAGGCUCUGGCCUUUGUGCUUCUGAGCAGAGAGAGCCAGCAGGGCAGGGCUGGUCUGGGGACACCAAUGGGAGCUUCCUUGUAUGAAAACACACAGUAAUGUUUUGGUUCUCUGCUCUUCCAAAUUUCUUUUUGCUAGCAAAUAGGCAAUAAAAAUCUAGAUCAGUUUAAAAUGUUCCAAUCUUGCUAAAUUGAUUUUAAAAUCGAUCAAAUGGCACAACAGCCCCAAACUGGCCUAAUGAAACCAUUAUAAUCCUCAUUUAAAGGACUCUGCUUUAACCAGCAAAUUAGAAAUCAGCUAUGCCAUCAGUUUUCAUUAGUUUUGCAAGUUACGGUGCAUCUCAGACAGAAGCAAAUACAAGUUUAAGUGGCGUACCAUUAAUUCAGCUAAAGCAUCUCAGUCAGUGAUUAAAUUUACCUUUCAGCACACACGUAUUGAGGCUGUGUCCCCACCAGCAGCAGCAGCCUCAGCUCCUGGGAGGGUUCACAGCUUGAUUGGGCAGAGCUCGGUGUGCAAGCAUAUCUUAAUGCACACACGGGGUUUUUUGUUCCUGUUUUACUGCUAGGUGUAGCUUUCUGACUGGCAGUGUAAUGGGCAAGUAUAAACGCUCACGAGUUUCUACUCUGACCAAGUCCAUGAGAGCUCUAAACGAGACCUCCUAACCCGGAGGUGAGCCGCCAGUGCUUGUGCUUUUCACCAGCACAGAGCCAGUGUAUUUCUGGCUAUAGUAAGGACCAACUUGGACAAGAGGUUGUUUAUAAGAAUCAUUCAGGAAGCCAUCCUUCUACAGCAAGGAAAUCCUGUACUGAGCUAUAUGUGGUUCAGAGAAGCCGGGUCUGCCUGCAGGCUAUCUGCUUCAGAGGUGUUCCACCCUGCUGAUAGCUGCUGAGCAGACAGGCGGAGGUGGUGAGAACAUCCCACUUAAUAAAUAGAAAAUACCUGAAGAAAGGACAUGUAACAACAGUCCUGCACGCCCAAACUCCUGGGUGUCCACGGACAUGCCCUGGAGGCCUGGGCUGCUCAGUCUAAGAAGGGACUUCUGUGUCAGGCAGUGGUGAAAGCACCAGCCUGACAAUGACACCUGUGUGUGCCUUCUGCCUUUCUGCUGCUGCUUCUCCCUCCUCAGAUAGCGAGCUCCCUGUGCAGACUGCUUUUCCCACAGCUCAGACGGGGUCUGGCAUGCUGUAGCACUGACAUCUCGGUUACACAGAUGAAUGAAAUACCACUUGCUGUGGAAAACUUCAUGGAUGCUACAUACCCAACAUGUCUUUUUGCCUCCACAAACCUCCCGUGGCAAUAUCACAUGGAUGUCCAUUUUUAGCUCAGUGUAGUACGUGAUUAAGUAUAACACUAUUCCUUAUUUAGAGAACAGGAUAUCCUGGACAUGAGGCAUUCUGAAGCAAGUGCUUGGAUAAUAUUUAUUUAAACAAUGGGUGAUUUAAAUAAUGGUAGGAAAAAUCAGUGUUGUGGAUCCUCCUUGGCUAUGAUUUGAGGUCACGGUUAUUCGUGUACAACCUGUUAUUUUUCUGGAACAUGCAAUUGUAAUAAAAAACCCCAAAGGCUUUUAUUCUUUAUACAGAAGAGAAAAAAAAGAUUAUUACUUAAGUGGGGAAAAAAAAUACAAAACGUUAUAACUUU